AUGUCUCGGAUCGUCAUUUACAACGCUAGCAUUCUAACACUAGACGAAGACGACAAUUUCUAUUAUCCAGGAUCAGUUGAGAUAGAGAAUGACCGGAUUGUUAAAAUAUACAGCGGCAACCCAACCGAUGAGGUCCUAAGUGAUCCAUCAAUAACUCUCCUUGAUGGGACAGACAAGCUGAUCAUGCCCGGACUGGUUGAUUUGCAUUUUCACACUUCUGUGGCCAAGGGAUUCGGAGAUGAGCUUCCAUUGAAGGAAUACUUAGAGGAAGUAUGGUACCCAAGUGUUCGAGCCUUGAAUGCAGAGCGCGCAUACACAGCUGCAAUGCACUCCUAUUGGACCGCUGUCAGAUCUGGAACCACCACCGUCAACGAUAUGUACCGCUUCGUGGGUUCACUCGCCGAUGCAGCGAGCCGUAUCGGUAUUCGGGCCGUUCUCAGCAACGAGGUGGCGCUCGAAGAACAUGGACUGGACGCCAUUGCCGAUAACAUCGCUUCUUUCCAUCAGCACAACAACAGAGACUCUGGUCGCAUUAAAGUUUGGAUGGGCCAUGAAUGGAUGUGUACUUCAAACCUUGAGCUGAUGUCUCAGGUAGGCGAAGCCAUGAAAACUCUGGGAACAGGCCUCCAUAUCCACCUUUCGGAAUCCCAACAAGAGGUAGAUGAAAUAAGAGCCAAGUAUGGCAAGACGCCAGUGGAAAUUGCUUACGAAAGCGGUUGUCUUGGUCCCAGCACCGUUGCUGCGCAUUGCGUGCAUCUCACCGAAAAUGACAUUGCAUUGCUGGCCAAAACAGGCACCUCGGUUUCCUACGACCCUGGUUCAAAUGCAAAAUUGGGCAACGGUAUCGCGCAACUCCAGGUUUUGAAUAAAGCAGGUGUCAAUGUUGGCAUGGGAAUUGAUGCUUUCGAGUGUGAGAACAGUCCUGACAUGUUUGAGCUUAUGAAGUUCGGUUCCCUGAUUCAACGAGCUUUGCAUCAAGAUGCAUCUUUGGGUAAGCCGUACGACAUUCUUCGUAUGGCGACUCUUAACGGAGCUAUGGCCCUAGGAAUAAAUGCCGGGGUAAUUGGCAUCGGGAAGAAGGCAGAUUUGAUUGUGAUUGAUCUGAAAAAAAAUCAAAUGUUCACGCCGCUUUUGAAAGACCGCCAAAGUCGUAAAAAAAUGCUGGAAAGCCAUCUGGUAUUUGGAUGCAACGGGUCUGCCGUUCAGCACUCCAUCAUUGACGGUAAAGUGGUGAUGAAGGAUUAUCAGGUACUGGCAGUUGAUGAAGAAACCCUACGAACUCAGAUGGAUUCUUUGUUUGAAGUGCUCUCACAGGAUAUGAAGACGUUGAGGAUAGAUACUUGUAAGGGCGAUAAAUAG